AAGAAAUCAUCUACAAUGCGUUUUUCCUCUCCAGCCGCCGUUGCCGCUGUUCUUGUCACAACGUUGGCAACUGUGCAUUGUACUUUGGCUCCCAAUUAUCCCGAGCCAGGCACGGUUUGGACAGCAGGCAAAGAAUACGAAAUUCUCUGGGACGAAGAUAAUACCAAACCUACCAUUGCUGAAGCCUGGAGAAACUUUAGAAUCGAUUUAAUGACGGGUGAUAAUGACGACCAGAUGUUAUUGGCCAAUGUGAACUUGACCGCCAACUCCAUGUCAUACAAGUGGGUCGCUCCGGACGUUGAACCGCAUUCGUCCAUCUAUUUCCUCAUGUUUACCAAUGAGGCUGGAGAUAACGCCUGGACCACCCGUUUCGCUAUUGUCGGUGCUGAUGGAAAAGUGGCGCCACCGGAACAUCCCACACAACCCAAUGGCGAAAAGGUACCAUGGGGCGUUGGCAAAGUGGUGGCUACCGUUAAAUCUGCCGAGGAUGGACCAGCUGCCAAUGCGGUUAGUUCGUCGGCGUCGUCUGCCAGCGCUUCAGCAAGUCCAUCAUCCGGCGCGACCUCUUCCUCCUCCGCUUCUGCCUCUUCCAAGGCCUCUGCAGCGGCGACAACUUCUGCCGCGCAUCGCCCUUCCUCCACGACCCAUUCACGCUCCGCUGGUUCGUCGAUGUACUCCCAUGUUACCAUGACAGGUUUUGCCGUGUUGUUGACGGCAGCAGUGAUGAUGACCGUGUUCUAAGUUAUCAUUAGACCGGGUCGUUAAACCGAGCUAUAGAAGUUUAUAUUGUAUGUAUGUCAAAGGUUGGAAAACAAGGAAGUUG